GCUCCAGGGCCUGGCCAACCUGAAUCUGCGUAUCUCAAAGAACAUCACCUCUUGAAGGAACACAGAGCCUUCCACGACCUUUGCCCGAUCCAGAGCUGUGCCAUGGCAGAGACUGAGGAAGAGGAGGUGGUGUCAGCAGAGGCCUCAGGGUUCUCAGACUUGAGUGACUCAGAGUUUCUAGAGGUUUUGGACCUGGAAGAUACCCAAGAGUCAAAUGCUUCACUUAGCAAGCCUGGCCCUUCAUCUGAACUCCCUGGGAAGGAUGGCAAGCUCAUAAGCUUGGAAAAGUGGAAAAGAGGAUUGGAUGUCUCAUCACCCAUGGAGCGAUUCCACCUUAAAUAUUUGUACGUCACUGACCUGUCUACUCAGAACUGGUGUGAACAGCAAAUGGUAUAUGAGAAGGAGCUUCCUGAUUUCUUAGUACCUGAGAAGGCAGCUGUUUUGGACACUGGUGCCUGCAUCCACCUAGCUAGAGAACUAGAAGUUCAUGAUCUUGUGACUAUCCCCAUCACCACUAAAGAAGAUGCUUGGGCAGUUAAGUUUCUGAACAUAUUAUCAAUGAUUCCUACCCUGCAGUCAGAAGGGCGCAUCAGAGAGUUUCCAGUGUUUGGAGAAGUCGAGGGUGUGCUUCUUGUUGGAGUGAUUGAUGAGCUGCACUAUACAGCCAAGGGAGAACUGGAACUGGUUGAACUCAAGACACGCAGGCGCCCUGUGCUCCCUCUGGAAGCGCAGAAAAAAAAAGAUUGUUUUCAAGUCAGCCUAUACAAACAUAUCUUUGAUGCCAUGGUACAAGGGAAAGUGACCACUGAUAGCCUAAUCCACCACACAAAAUUGCGUCCAGAAAAGCCACUGGGACCUUCAGUGCUGAGGCAUGCCCAGCAGGGAGGCUUCUCUGUGAAGUCCUUGGGUGACCUAAUGGAGCUGGUCUUCUUGUCUCUAACAUUGUCUGACCUCCCAGUUAUUGAUAUCCUGAAGAUUGAGUAUAUCCACCAAGAGACUUCCACUGUGCUGGGUACAGAGAUCGUGGCCUUUGAAGAGAAGGAGGUGAGAGGCAAAGUGCAACACUAUAUGGCCUACUGGAUGGGCCACCGAGAGCCCCAAGGGGUUGAUAUGGAGGAGGCUUGGAAAUGCCGGACAUGCAACUAUGCAGAUAUCUGUGAGUGGAGGAAGGGCGGUGGGGUACACAGCUCCAUGCUAGAGCCCCAAGCCAAAAAAGCCAAAUGAAGAGAAGGUAUGCCUUUAGGAACUUUGAUCCUUCCUGCUCCUAAUGUACUCAACAGAGUAAAAGAGGACCAGUCUCUGAGCUUGGCUUUCCUGGAGAGUGUUCUUAUUUUGGUUCUUUUCAUAUUUCCUCAACCUGUAACUACUCAAAUCCAGGACCAAGGCUCAGGAGUGAGUGGGAAACAUCUGGGAUUACAUUGUAUUGUCCCUGGAGCUUUGCUGUAGAGUGCCAAGAAGACAGAUGCUCAUCAUGGCUGGAGCAAAGGUAUCCUUCAGCAAUCAUUGCUUUCCUAAGAAUAUUCUUCAGUUUCUGUUAAGUCUCUUCCCUAUUUUUUCUCAUUCAAGGCUUUCUACAUUUUAUAUAAUAAAAUAAAAUGAAACACUGUCCACGUCAGUUGAACUGACGGGUUUUUUUGUAAUCUCGAUCUUUCAAAGAUGACUCUACUAUAAAUAGUUAUGUGUGUGUUAUUCCAAGCCUUUAAGUACAUACAUAAACAUAUUUCUGAAGCAGAAUUAGGGGAAUGAGAAGACAAAGACUUUUAAAUAAGCAUAAUGUGCUCAAAGAAAUAAGGAAAAAUGAAGCAGGAACAGGAAGUCAUGAAAAGUUACAAUAUUAGAUAUGAAAAAUAUAAUACAUGAAGUAACAUGUAACAUUCACACACUGUAUAAUCCAGCAAUACCACUCUUAGGUAUAUACUAAGAGAAACUCUUAUACAAGUACAACAGGAAAUAUGAACAGGAAUAUACUUUGUAGCACUUCCACAAUAGCAAAACCUAAACCUAGAAACUACCCAGGUGCCCAUCAUCAGAAGAGUGGAUGAUAUGGUACAGCAGCCAAAACAAAUGAGCUACAAAGACAUGCAACAAUGUGGAUGAAUCUUAGCACAGUAUUAAGUGAAAAAGUAAGUCCCCAAAAGGUUACAUAGGGUAUAAUACCAUUUUUAUAAAGUGAGAAACAAAAAAAUUAAAAACAUUUUAAGGAAAAUGUAAAGAUAGUGGAAAGGAGUCUCAGUGCAUCUUAGAAGGCAGUGGAGCCCUUAGCUGCAAACGUCACCAAAGAGGCCAGAGGAAAGAAGGAUAUGGACAUCACCUGGAAGGUAAAGGCUUAUUUAUGGAGACACUUCGGGAGAAUUUGCAGAAGUAGGUGGAGGGGGAGAGGAGUUCACCCAUUGCACAUUCAGCAUAAAGCUGAAAUAGGAAAAGGGCAUCAUUUUAAGGACACUUCCUAAAUUGGCACCACCAUUCCCACUUACAUCCCACUGGCCCAAACUUGGCCCAAAGGAUAUGCCCAGACAAAAACUGGAGAUUCUGUGAA